CUCCAUUCCACUCCAUUCCUCUUUCCCCCUCAGUCCUGCUGGCUGCUGCUUUUGCUGCUGCCUCCUGGCCCUCUUCCCCCACUUGUUUCUGACUCAUUGAUCUCUAUCUUGUAAUCUCUGUUCUUGCGGCAAAUCCUCCCUAGCCUGUCACUCUUCCCCGCGCCAACUGUCCUCUCCCGGUCUGCCUCGGGUUCAGCUCCUUCGACCGUCCCUAUCGUCACUGCCACCUACUCUCUAAUAGUCGCACCAGGCGGAACACAACUCUAAUAAUCGUUUCGAACGCGCAUCCUAUGCAGAAGCCAUAGAUCUCUUUUUUGCCCACCUCAUCUACCGUCGAGCCCCGUGAGGGCCCCUCCUCCGCCGCCGCCGCCCCCUAAUCCGAUCGCACCCGCAUCAUGUCCUCCUAUCAGCCGAACUCUGCCUCCUACCAAAGUCAUGCGGCGCCUCAUCUGCCCAUCCCGGCUUACAACCCGGUAGCUGCUAUGGCCGCCCCCGCGGGGACGUUCUUGCCCGGCACGAAAGUCCAAGUUGGCAGCCACCGCGUCGUCGUCGAGAAGUACCUCUCCGAGGGAGGCUUCGCCCAUGUCUACGUCGUGCGCCUACCCCAACCGGUCGAUGGCUCCGAUCGGGCGGUUCUCAAACGCGUGGCUGUUCCUGACAAGUCGGCCCUGGCCAACAUGCGCACUGAGGUUGAGACCAUGAAGAAGCUCAAGGGGCAUCGACACAUCGUCACCUACAUUGAUUCUCAUGCGUCACAACUCCGGGGGGGUGGCUACGAAGUGUUUCUGCUGAUGGAAUUCUGCGAUGGUGGGGGACUGAUCGACUUCAUGAACACGCGGCUGCAGAACCGUCUGACCGAACCCGAAAUCAUCAAGAUCUUCUCCGACGUGGCGGAAGGCGUCGCCUGCAUGCACUAUCUGAAGCCCCCGUUACUGCACCGCGAUCUCAAAGUGGAGAACGUUCUCAUUUCGCGCCAGGGGAGUGCUGCGCUUUACAAGCUGUGUGACUUUGGGUCGACCGCGCCCCCUCGCCCGGCCGCCACCUCUGCCGCUGAGGGCCGGCUGAUUGAAGAUGACGUCCAGCGCCACACGACGCUGCAAUACCGCAGCCCGGAAAUGAUCGAUGUCUAUCGGAAGCAGCCCAUCGAUGAGAAGAGCGACAUUUGGGCCCUGGGGGUCCUCCUGUACAAGCUGUGUUACUAUACCACCCCAUUCGAAGAGGUUGGCCAGAUGGCCAUCCUAAAUGCCAGUUACAAGUUCCCAAGUUACCCAGUCUUCUCGGAUCGGUUGAAGAUGUUAAUUGCCUGGAUGUUGAAGGAACUCCCGCAAAAGCGGCCGAAUAUCUAUGAAGUGGUGCGCGAGGUCUGUCACAUGCAGGGCAAGGAUGUCCCUAUCAGUGAUAUCUACGCUGCUCGCUCCACCUCGGAGGCCCGCCGGUUUCAGGAAUUGCCGCCCUCCCCCACCGAGGCGCCACAGGUUGGUGCCGUUUUCUCUCCGCCAAUCCAGGAAACACAAAUCAUUCCCGAGAUCGCGCCGAUGCGACGCGGCCGUCCGACAAGGCCAACGCAAUCCCCGCACCACUCGACCAAACCCAGUCCGUCCCCGUAUCGGGGCUCAGGAGAUCCAUUCUCAGUGCUGGACAAUGCUCAACGUUCUCGCAACUCAACGGACGAAUUCACCAAUCGAUUCCCUUCAUUGGAUCAGUUCCAGAUUCUGCACGAGAAGGGGGGCAAGUUCGACUUCGAGUCGGCCGUACCGGAAUCUAGUCCCGAUGACGAGGACCUCGCGCGGCGUCUCACUAAUGCGCUGGCGGACGAUGCCUUUGCCAAGCACCAAUCGCCCGGUCCGGAGGUAUCUGCCAGCCAGCGUCCCACGCAGCCUACAUCGACUCAAUCCGCUCCCGUCGAGCGCGCCGACAAUGUGCGCGAUGAAGGACGCGCCUCGGUGCCACUGUACCAACCUGCUCCGCAGAGACCGGCUAUGGUGUCUACUGGCACGAUGACCUCGCCGCCGGCGACGCCUGGCGUGCCCGAUUACCCACCGUCCAGUCGUCCAGUCUUUAAGUUCCCGCCCGCCGACCAUCAGCGACGUCCAUCCAGUCACAAGCGGCCCUCGGAGUCUGAUCUCAAGAACAAGGCCCCGUCUCCCGCCACGAAUGCAGUCGUACAACCUCGGGGGUCGUCCGAUCGGAUCUCCGACUUGUCGGCCUCCCCGCGGCCUUCCCUCGAGGGCGGUCGACCCAGCAAUCUGGAGGUGGACGACUCGGUUGGGCGUUCGCGGUCGGCCAACGGCCGCUCGCGCCCAGUGUCCGUCCACGCCGGGGCACGAUAUGACCUGCCCCGUGGGUCGGAGAGCGCGCGCUCGUCCCUGGAUCUACCCCGGUCGCCCUACGAGGGCGGAGCCCCCCUGCAGCAUGCGCGAACUGAGAUGGACUCCCGGGCCAACAUUUCGUCGGACGUGGACUAUCUCCGCGCGCGGGAAGAAGAAAGCAACAAGAAGCGCGAGAAGCGGUACAGUGGGACAGCCAAGCACGGAAAACGGUCCAGCUUAUCGACGCUGUCUCUGUCCGGCACCAAGAUGUUCGCGGGACGGUUCGGCGACGCGUUCCGGCGGUUCGAGCACAGCAACUCGGACAGCAAAGUGCAGUCUCCCGUGACCGAAGAGGCACCUAUCAAGUCCCCGAUGACGCUGACGAGCGCGGAUCUGACCGCGGAGCCCGCCAGUGAGCUGAUCAACAUGGACGACAACGAGGAUAUCUCGCCGGAAAUGCGGCGGGAGCUGGAGCGACGCCGGCUCUCCCAGGAGGAGAAACGCGUGGCCUCGGCGGCGGCGGAGUAUCGACGACGGGUGGCGGAGGGCGGCCAGUCGGGGUCUGGCGGCGGUUGGCGCGAGACGGGGCCACGGUCGCAGGCGAUCCAAAGCAAAGUGCAGUCCCUGCUGGGCGAGUCGACGCGGGCCGCCCCGCCGCCCAAGACCGCCACAGGCUACGGACGCUACACAGAUGAAGCCCCGGCGGCGGCUUUGCCGGCAAAGCCUACCCUCGAGACGACGCGGCCGACCCGCGGUAGCGCCCCGCUGCCGCCGCCCCCGCUCGAGCAACCGACCGGCGGCGGCGUGGGCCAACAACAACAACAGCAGCAACAGCAGCAGCAGCCGCCGCCGCAGCCCACGACGACCAGCGGACGCCCCGGCUCUUCCUCGGGGGCCCCGCGGCCAGCCCUUCCUCCCAAGCCGAAGAGUCUGCGCAUGCCCACCGGCAUGGAAGGCCAGCAGCAGGGAAGCAGCAGCUAUGAUCGGAGUCCGACGGUGGCAGCCACGCCGGCCACGCCCGGCGGCGACGACUGGGAAGCGAACUUCAGUCGACGGUUCCCCAGUCUGUCCGGUUUAGAGGUGGAGACGGAGAUCGAGCUGCCCCGCGUGGCGCCGAAUAGUCUCCGCACGAAGGAGGUUUAGUUGGGUAAGGGAGAGGGAGGUAUACAUACAUAUAUGACUUCAGAGCGUGGUUGUUGAGCGAUGUUGAGCGAUGUGAGCUAUAAUUGUAUUGAUGUGUCGGUGUGUGUUCUUUGUGUGUGUGGGUGUAUGUGUGUGGAU